GCUCAGAUCCCCUUCAAGUUGACGACUAUGUUUCUAUAAGCCAUGUCCGGAUGCCCCAUAAUAAUCUUUCAGAAAACAAGUCAUAUAAUGUAGUGAUUUUGUGGAGAUAGUCUUAGGAGUGAAAUAAUGUGAUUCCUUGGGUUUAGUAGCCAAUUCAGUUGAUGGUUAUUGAAAGAUUAGUCUGUUUUAUGACAAAAUUGAUUCUUUAUUUAAUUGUUUUUUUUUUUUUUUUUUUAAACAAAAUGAAUACACAAGAGAAGACAAAAUUGAUUCUAAAUGCCAUUGUUAACUCCAAAAAAAAAAUCGAACCAAAUACACAAAGUAAUAAAAGUAAGGGCUAAUAUAUAUAUAUAUAUAUAUUUGCGUUCUUACCGUAUAAACUGACCUGGUCCUACUGAAAACAAAACAUAGCGAGAAAAAAAUAAGAUAAAAUAAAAUAGAUAGCCAAACGGAGCCUUAUCUCGUAAUACCAAAUCCAACGGCGGGGUCAGUGUAACGACCCUUGUUUGGGAGAAGAAAGAAGGGGAUAGUGUUCCUUUCGGUUCCCGCCAAAUUGUGGCAACGGUUGGUUUGGCAUCCCCCGUCCAGCAGCAGCAGGAGAAUGAGUGGUGGUGUUGUCCCUCUCUCCAAUCUGGCUCUGGAUCUCACAGUUUCUAGACUCUGUUUCGGAACCAUGACUUUCGGCGAGCAGAACACCUUGGGCCAGUCCUUUCGACUCCUCGACCAAGCUUUCGAUGCGGGAAUCAACUUCUUCGACACUGCCGAAAUGUAUCCGGUGCCUCAGCGUGCGGAAACUCAGGGAAGGAGCGAAGAGUACGUAGGGCGUUGGAUUCGAGACAGGAACAUCUCUCGGAAUCGCAUAGUCUUGGCCACUAAGGUCGCUGGCCCAUCUGCCCACAUGACUUGGAUUCGAGGUGGCCCCAACUGUUUGGAUGCCUCAAAUAUCACCCACGCCAUUGACAAUAGUUUACUAAGGUUGCAGACUGACUACAUUGAUCUUUAUCAAAUUCAUUGGCCUGACCGAUAUGUACCCAUGUUUGGAGAAACUGAGUAUGAUCCAACCCGGCAGUUUUGUUCAAUCAGCAUAGAUGAACAGCUCGAUGCUUUAGGUAAAGCUGUAGUUGCUGGGAAGAUCAGAUACGUUGGCCUCAGUAAUGAAACACCAUAUGGUGUCAUGAAGUUUGUUCAAGCUUCUGAAAGGGGUCCUUGUCAUCAGAAGAUUGUAUCUGUGCAGAACUCAUACAGCUUACUAUGCCGAACUUUUGAUUCUGGAUUGGCUGAAUGCUGUCAUCAUGAGAGGAUCAGCUUGUUGGCGUACAGUCCCCUAGCAAUGGGUAUACUCUCUGGGAAGUAUUUCUCACCUGAUGGAGGUCCAGCAGAUGCUCGAUUGAAUAUUUUCAAAGGGAAGUAUUCUGAAGGGGAAUCCAGAUACAACACAUCCAAUGAAAUAAUACAAGCAGCGACCUUGGAUUAUCUACUAUAUCUCCUGAUGUUUGCAGGAAUACCUCCAACUAUCAGAAAAAUAUGGUCUCCAUCCAGUAUCACUUGCAAUUGCCUUUGUGUUGAGACACCCCCUUGUUGCAAGUGUCAUUUUUGGAGCUACGAAGUCAUGGCAGCUUCAAGAGAUUAUAAAUGCAUGCAAGGUUGAGCUCACUUAUGAAAUAAUUGCAGAAAUUAACAGGAUUCAUGCCAAGUUUCCAAAUCCAUGUCCCUAAUCGAUAUUGAUAUGGUUCAGCUUUUACGAUUUGGGUAAUAAGGGUAUAUUAUACUGUAUACUUUUGAGGUUUUGUUUUAUUAUAAUCGGAUAUUCUCAUAUUUAUAUUUGUAUAACUUCAUGAAAAUAUCUUGUUGUAAUUAAAAAAAUUUUUAAAGAUGUGCA